AUGACCAAUGAAAGUCUUUCUGUAAGUCGUAAACAUUUAAACUAAGACCGGAUGAAUCGAGGAACACUAGUUUAGUUUAGGUUUCCUCCUGUAGUAACACUGGAUCAAUAAGAGAUGAUCCUUACUGGAACUCUAGGAAGAACAGUUUAGAAUUGAUAGAGCUAUCCAGUAUAAAUAAAGUUAGUUUAGUUUAGGUUUCCUUCUGUGGUACAUUGGAUCAAUAAGAGAUGAUCUUUACGGACUUCUAGGAAGAACAGUGUAGAACUGAUAGAGCUAUCCAACUUAUCCAGUAUAAAUAUAGUUUAGAUUUCCUUCUGUAGUAACAACUCUUAGUUUUUAAUUUGUUUUCGAGCACUUGUAUUAUUAGCCCAAAUAUACAAAUUUGAAUUAGUUUCUCGUCUAUAUUUUUCAGACAAGUUAUGCCACUCCAGAAAGAAUGUACAAACUCGUCUUGGCAGGAGACGCUGCGGUCGGAAAAUCAAGUUUCAUUCUUCGCCUUUGUAAAAAUAAAUUUCAUUCCAGUCUUAACGCGACGCUUGGUAAGUUUUAGAAAGAUGUACAUUGUUUGUAUUAUUUUCUAUACGGGCAACUGCAAACAAUGCAACAAUCAAGCCCUAUACAUAAUUUUUCCUUGCGAAGGAACCAUGUUCCAAAGCUAAUCAUGCCGCCAGCUUUUGGACAAGGAAAACUUGUUCGUGUCUACGACCGCCAAGGAAACUUGACAAGUGUACAUGAAGUACUUCUUUGGUUUUGGCAGACAAAAGGAGGCCUUGACGCGAGAUAAAUGUUUAACAACAUUCCGUGUACAACGAGAAGGUAAACUUGGCACGGGAAAACAAAACUUGUUGACUGUACACACGAGAAAGUAAACUUGUCAAGGGAAACUUGUUGACUGUAUACACGACUCACGAGAAAGUAAACUUGUCAUGGGAAACUUGUUGACUGUAUACACGAUUCACGAGACAGUAAACUUGUCAAGGGAAACUUGUUGACUGUAUACACGACUCACGAGAAAGUAAACUUGUUACGGGAAACUUGUCAAUGGAAACUUGUUGACUGUACACACGAGAAAGUAAACUUGUCAAGGGAAACUUGUUGACUGUAUACACGACUCACGAGAAAGUAAACUUGUCAAGGGAAACUUGUUGACUGUAUACACGACUCACGAGAAAGUAAACUUGUUACGGGAAACUUGUCAAUGGAAACUUGUUGACUGUACACACGAGAAAGUAAACUUGUCAAGGGAAACUUGUUGACUGUAUACACGACUCACGAGAAAGUAAACUUGUCAAGGGAAACUUGUUGACUUUGUCAAGGGAAACUUGCUCAUCUGUCCCGGCUAAACCUUCUGACUGGUGUCGAACCUACAGCCUUGCGAUUCCCAGUCUAUAAAUGUAUAACUGAAAUUUUCGCUUGAAAUUCCCAUCCAUAAAAAACUUUCAAUAUUCCGUUCUAUGCGAGAUGCCCAAACUUUUAAAUAUUUACCAAUAUAUACCUCCUAUACACUGGUAUCAUCUUAGUAAAUGUACAUGAACUUGUGGUUACUUUCUCGGCAAAUGGACUCUGGACAAAGCGCUGCACUGGACUAAGAUGCAGAAACAGCAAUAAGAUGCGUUAUUCUUUUCCAGGUGUGGACUUUCAAGUGAAGAAUCUCAAAGUGGAUUCAAAAACUAUCGCACUUCAACUGUGGGACACCGCUGGUCAGGAAAGGUACGGUACACUUUAACAUUGAAACAUUUCCUUCUGUGGUAACACUGGAUCGACAAGAGAUGAUCCUUACUGGAACUCUAGGGAGAACAGAUUAGAACUGAUAGAACUCAUACAAAAGUUGAUGUUAGUGGAACGAUUUGACAUGACACUGAUGUUUCUAACACCAUUUGAGAAACAGGGUAGGUUUAUUUACCAAAAUCGUGUAACUAUCCAGCAUAAAUAAAGUUAGUUUAGUUUAGGUUUCUUCCUGUAGUAACACUGGAUCAAUAAGAUAUGAUCCUUACUAUAUAGAUUUCUUCGGAGAACAGUUUAGAACUGAUAGAGCUAUCAAGUAUAAAUAAAGUUAGUUUAGUUUAGGUUUCCUCCUGUUACUGGAUCAAUAAGAGAUGAUAUCCUUACUGGACCUUUAAGUAAAGCAGUUUAGCACUGAUAGAAUUACUAUCCAGUAUAAAUAAAGUUGUAUGGUUUACUAUUUUCCAGAUUUCGAAGUAUUGCAAAGUCAUAUUUUCGUAGAGUUGACGGAGUACUUUUGUUGUAUGAUGUUACGUGCGAAUCAUCGUUUGUAAAUAUUCGUGACUGGAUGAGCACGAUAGAGGUAAUGUUAAACCUUAUUGUUCUUGGUCGCUAAAAGAGGCAAAAUAUGUUAAGAAAGUUCUUCUAAAUUCGACUAUUUUUUUUUCAGGAAAGCUCACAAAAGAAAGUUCCCAUCAUGCUUUGUGGCAAUAAAUGCGAUCUUCGAGAUUCAUAUCUGAGGGAGGGAAGAAAAGUUGUCUCCAGAGAAAGCGGUCAGCGGUUAGCAAAGGUGAGCGUUAAUAAGAGAUGAUCCUUACUGGACCUCUAGAGAGAACAGUUUAGAACUGAUAGAGUUAUCCAUGCAGUAUAAAUAAAGUUAGUUUAGUUUAAGUUUCCUCCUGUAGUAACACUGGAUCAAUAAGAGAUGGCACUUACUGGACCUCUAGGAAGAACAGUUUAGAACUGAUAGAGCUAUCCAGUAUAAAUAAAGUUAGUUUAGUUUAGGUUUCCUCCUGUAGUAACACUGGAUCAAUAAGAGAUGAUCCUUAAUGGACCUCUAGGAAGAACAGUUUAGAAUUGAUAGAGCUAUCCAGCUUAAAUAAAGUUAGUUUAGUUUAGGUUUCCUCUUGUAGUAACACAUGGGUCAAUAAGAGAUGAUCCUUACUGGACCUCUAGGAAGAACAGUUUAGAACUGAUAGAGUUAUCCAGUAUAAAUAAAGUUAGUCUAGUUUAGGUUUCCUCCUGUAGUAACACUGGAUCAAUAAGAGAUGAUGCUUAUUGAACUUCUAGGGAGAACGUUUAUAGAACUGAAUAAGCUAUCGAAUAUAAGUAAGCAUAUUACCUAAAAGUAUUUUCUUUUUAGCAUUACGAUGCGUUGUUUAUCGAGACAAGUGCAAAAGAUGGCAAGCAUAUCGAAGAUGCUUGCAAAGAACUGGCAAGGUUUGCAGAAGAAAUAUUUUGCUUUUCUUUAUUGCUUUUAGUAGUAAUAGUAAGUUAAGGACUAUGUAGAGCAAUAAUAGAGCGACUCGAAAAAUAUUUCUCAUUCUUUUUGUUCCGAAAUAUACCGAAGUUUAUGCUAGAUUUUAGCAAACAAUCCUGAGUCGCCUCGUUUUGACUUUUGUGCUUUUCCGCGCAUUUCCAAGCCAUAAUAUACAACUUGCGGCAUGUUAGACUAAUUUUUGAUCAAGGCAAAAUAUAGAAAAUAUACCUCUGGCUCUGCGAAGUUUGCAUGUUUUGUGACAUGUUUGUAUUACAUGCGGAAAUUGUUGCCACUUUUGAGCCGAAAUGGUAACAUUUUUCGCACGUAAUCUGAUACAAACAUAUACAAAAUUUGCAAACCUUGCAAGAUUAUAUUUUCCAAGCUUUACAACAUUUUGCAACCAAAUUUUGCAAUUCUACUAAUUUCAUUAUGUUCUUUUUAGCUGUGGUGUUUGAUUCCUUUCUCUUUAUUUAGAUUAAAAUUUACUCUAACAUUCAAGUUGUCCAUUUCAUGACUAGCAUGGGCUGUUUUCAUUCUUAGUUCUUACACUUUGCCUUGAAUAGCAGUCUCGAUCUGUUGAAAAAUCGUUUAUUAGCUUGGUAGUAAUGCAUAAAAUAAAAAAAUGGAAACUCCCUCGACCUACAGUAUCAGGCAUAAACCGAAGGUUAUAAGGGCAGUCCUCUGACCACACCCGUCAACCGUUUCUCCACAUAUUUUUAGAAGCACAGAAAUUCUAUUCGUAGUGCACAUAUUGUUUCGUAUACAACACGACAAGAAACUCCGUUUCGAAGAAUUUAAUUGUCAAAAUUUGAAUUUAGUUUCUUGUCCAACAGAAUUCUUACGUCUUUGGAAAAUGAAGAGAUCGAACAAAGUGGACUGAAACUCGAGAAAAAAGACAGAGAAAAGAAGAAACGACCUUGCUGUCCGUCUUAA